CCUAAUUUUUAUUUUUUGCGUUUAAAAACUGAAUUAUUAUUUUUUUCAUACUUUCUUUUCUUCGUAACUGUUUGACGUGAUUCUCAUCUCUUUUUGAUAUAUUUGCAUCGUAGGGUUAGGGUCGUAUGUGUGUUUCUCGUUGCAUGCAGCUUCUUAUUCCUUUUCAUUUACGUUUUUGUUUAGUUUUUUUUUUUUUUUGGAAAUUUCUCUCUUUAAAAACCUAAUUUUUACGUGUCGUAGGUAUUGAUCAUGUUAUUGUAUGAUUAGGUUUGUUUGCUGAUAGAUUUGGUUGUAAUUUUUUGCUCAACUAUUUUUUUAUAUUAAAUUUAGGAUGCUCAGUGUAAUAUGUAGAAUGGGAGGAGAGAAUUUUAGAUAUAAACCAUUUAGAAUUAAAUUUUUGUUGGGUCUAUUUUUAUAAGCGAGAUUUUAAAAAUCGAUCUGUUAACCAUGGCAUCCAAGUUUCUUAUGCCUUUGCAAAUUGCAAUUGAGGCUGCAUCAUUUGACUGCAAUUUUUUAUAGCAUAAAGGAUUGACACAACCGUUAGGGCGAUUUAAAAUGUUGCUUUUUGGUACAUAUACUUUGUUUUUGUUUAAUAAUGAUUGUGAUGCUGAAGGUUAAAAUUGUGCUUUUGUUAUUUUAUUAGUGUACCACUUGUUGAAAAUUGUUUUGGAAUUUGAGGUUGUCGAACUCGGGUAUUUGAGAUGCAAUCGGAAGCUGGGGGUCUUACGACCCCUAAGAUGGGAUUGGAAGGAGCUUUGAAUUCAAAGAUGAAGGGUACUGGAAAUCUAAGCAGCAAAGAUAUGAUUUUUAGAGCUGAUAAGAUUGAUCUGAAGAGCUUGGAUACUGAGCUAGAAAGGCACUUGAGCAGGGUUUUUUCUAGAAGCGUUGAGGCAAAGAGGCCUAAAGAGGAGUGGGAGAUUGAUUUGGCCAAAUUGGAUUUACGAUAUGUUGUUGCUAAUGGGGCUUAUGGCACUGUCUACAGGGGAACUUAUGACGACCAAGAUGUUGCAGUGAAAGUGUUGGACUGGGGUGAGGAUGGAGUUGCCACUGCUGCUGAAACUGCUGCUUUACGAGCAUCAUUUCGGCAGGAGGUUACUGUGUGGCAAAAACUUGAUCAUUCAAAUGUCACAAAAUUUGUUGGAGCUUCAAUGGGCACUUCAAAUCUUAAAAUUCCUUCAGAUGCUGGUGGUCAAGAUUCACUUCCUUCCAAGGCAUGUUGCGUUAUUGUUGAGUUUGUUCAUGGUGGGACAUUGAAACAGUUCUUGUUGAAAAAUAGGCGAAAGAAACUUACAUACAAGGUUGUGAUUCAGUUGGCUUUGGACCUCGCUAGAGGUCUUAGUUAUCUACACUCGAAGAAAAUUGUUCACCGCGAUGUAAAAACUGAUAAUAUGCUUUUAGAUGAUAAUCAAAAUUUGAAAAUAGCUGAUUUUGGAGUUGCUCGGGUUGAAGCUCAAAAUCCAAGUGAAAUGACCGGUGAAACUGGAACAGUUGGAUAUAUGGCACCAGAGGUUAUAAAUGGCAAACCUUACAACAGAAGUUGUGAUGUCUACAGCUUUGGCAUUUGCUUGUGGGAAAUUUAUUGCUGUGACAUGCCUUACCAAAAUCUAAGCUUUGCUGAUGCGUCAGCUGCAGUUGCUCAUCGGAAUCUACGACCAGAGAUUCCUAGAUGUUGUCCAAGUGCCUUAGCAAAUAUAAUGAAAAGAUGUUGGGAUAAACAUCCCGAAAAGCGUCCAGAAAUGCAAGAGGUGGUGGGAAUGUUAGAAGCACUUGAUACAAGCAAAGGAGGUGGCAUGAUACCUGAAGAUCAGACUCCAUUUUGUUUUUGUUUUAUAGCUGCUCGGGGUCCAUAACUAUUCAUAUUCAAAUCUUGAUUAGUUUUAUUAUGUACAUUAGUAGAUCAUUUUCUUCUAUGGAAAUCUAGGAUAUAUGUUGCAGCUUUAAAUUGUCAUUUAUUGGCUUGUCAAUUUACUGCUUAGCUUUAUUUUUUCUUUUCUAAUAAAUGAGGCGAUGACUUUGAACAGAGGAACAUACUAGUAGUUUUUUUCCCAUAUAAGCAUGGAACUCAUUUAUCAUA